UUAAGAGAGGUAAGGGGUCAGCGGGUACUGCCUGAGGACAAAGAGGGCAUUACAAUAAUCCUACGGUAUGGCAGUACCCGACUGAAACGCAAAUUCAAAGCAACUGCUCUUUUCCAGGUAUUUACAGUAACUUGUGUAUGAGUGGUUAAUAUGAAUACAUUUAUGAUCAAUUAUUGGAAUGAUAAACACAAUGUUUCCAUCUCUCUCUUCUAGGGAUUUACAAUAAUACAUUUUAUUCAAGAUAUUUAGAUAUUUUAUAUAUGUACAUGGUCACUUACUUAGAAAUAUUAAUCUCCCCUUUUCAUUGACAAAGAUGAUCAGAGGAAACAAAACUGAAUUAUAUUGAUUUACAGUUUAACUGAAUAUUUGAAGUACCCUCAAUACAUGACAAGAAAAAAAAAGCUGCUCCAGACCCUAAUUCUAGUUUAAAAGGCAACCCACUUUCCAAAUGAAAGGAGCACCCGCCCACUGCAUGCUAUUUUGUAUUUUUCCUAGUUACAAUUCGUAUUAGAGACAUUUUUGAAAGAAAUUUAUCUCUUAACAGGAGGUGUAUGACUGGGCAGGGUCACAACAGAAUGUGCCCCUAAAUUUUACCCUGCAGAGACAAAAGCACGUGGUCAAACACCAAGAUCCCCUUCUGGGCAAGGAGGUGCUAGAUAUCUGCGAGAGGGUAUGUACAUAAAGUUGUAUCUAUUAUGUUGAUUUUUUCUUACACAACAAGAGUCCCAGUAGGGUUCAAAUUUUCCCCUCUUUGUUACUGAAAUAACAUCAUAAGACAAUAAAAUAUUAUUGCAGCCAAAAAACCUUUAAGAAAAACAAAUAAACCCGUUGAUUUAAUUAAGUUCUUUAAUUUUACUUCAGUUAAAACAACGUACCUUGUCUUUUUCGAUUUAUCAGAGUAAAAAAUUCCGAAAUUCUUGAUUGGUGCUGGGCGAUCUUACACCUCUUUCCACGGUACAGAAUCGUCACGAAGUUAUUUAUCAAACGUUUCAAAGGCUGUUAGCGUCCGUAAAGACACAACAAAACUCCAGUAAUGGCCACUACUGUUAUUGUAGCUGUGAAAAGCUUAAACUAGCUAUCUUUCAUCUUCUUUGUCAUGUAUACGGCACAACGCAUAUCUUACUUCAUAUAUUCCACACAUUAUGUAACAUGGCUCGAGAACUUCGAGAUGCUUUGCAACUUCACGAGAAAAGAAGAAAAUUUGGGCAUGAGCAAUCUGAGGAAACGAACGUUUUACUUAGGAAUAAUAUGUAUUCUCCGCAAUUUCAAUUACAGUACACGAUAUUCAAUUAGUGCCUAUACUUCAAAUGGUGUUUUGCUAGAUGGUUUAAUAGACGAAACAAUCAUUUCAGCAGUAACAUAUCAAUUACAUCUUCACAAAUCUAUUUAGGAUCCAGAGGAAGCCAAGGCUCUCCUAGAUGACCAGGUAGGGAAUCUUUUUUGGUUUUACACUGUGUUCUCAAUUAAGAGCUUAGUUUGGAAUUUAUUAUUAAUUACAUGCUGGAACAAGAUAAGCAUUACCUGACUGCAUUUAAGGACUUAGUUUGGAAUUUAUUAUUGAUUACAUGCUGGAACAAGAUAAGCAUCACCUGACAACAUUUAAAUAAAUCCUCACAAUUAAAAAUUGAUUUGUCAUUUUCUCCUGGAAAGGGAAAUCUUGCAAAUCCAACAACUUAGGCAGACAAACAAAACCUUACACUUGACAAAUGACUAUUGUUUCUCUCCUAAACCACAACACACUCAAGGGAGACUGACAAGGCCGGUUUCCCGACCAGGGAUAAUGCCUUACUGCCACGACACUUGUUGGGGGAUAGGGACAAGACUAUUCUCCUGACCAGGGAUGAGGCCUUAGUGCCGUGACACUUGGGGGAGACUGACAAGACCGUUCUUCUCCUGACCAGGGACGAGGCCUCAGUGCCGUGACACUUGGGGGAGAUGGACAAGACUGUUCUCCUGACCAGGGACGAGGCCUUAGUGCCGCGACACUUGGGGGAGACUGACUGGACUGUUCUUCUCCUGACCAGGGACGAGGCCUCAGUGCCGCGACACUUGGGGGAGAUGGACAAUACUGUUCUCCUGACUAGGGACGAGGCCUUAGUGCCGCGACACUUGGGGGAGACUGACUGGACUGUUCUUCUCCUGACCAGGGACGAGGCCUUUGUGCCGCGACACUUGGGGGAGACUGACAAUACUGUUCUCCUGACCAGGGACGAGGCCUCAGUGCCGCGACACUUGGGGGAGAUGGACAAGACUGUUCUCCUGACCAGGGACGAGGCCUUAGUGCCGCGACACUUGGGGGAGAUGGACAAUACUGUUCUCCUGACCAGGGACGAGGCCUCAGUGCCGCGACACUUGGGGGAGAUUGACAAUACUGUUCUCCUGACCAGGGACGAGGCCUUAGUGCCGCGACACUUGGGGGAGACUGACAAGACUGUUCUUCUCCUGACCAGGGACGAGGCCCUAGUGCCGCGACACUUGGGGGAGAUGGACAAGACUGUUCUCCUGACCAGGGACGAGGCCUUAGUGCCGCGACACUUGGGGGAGAUUGACAAGACUGUUCUCCUGACCAGGGACGAGGCCUUAGUGCCGCGACACUUGGGGGAGAUUGACAAGACUGUUCUCCUGACCAGGGACGAGGCCUUAGUGCCGCGACACUUGGGGGAGAUGGACAAGACUGUUCUCUUGACCAGGGAUGAGGCCUUAGUGCUGUAA